UGUUUUUUAUUCUUUCCCUGUUGCAGAGAGGAUCUGGACCAAGAGGAGAAGGCCAGGUUUGGGGAGCUGUGCAGCAGUGAGGACGGGAAGGGCAGGGAGUGGUUUGCCAGAUACGUGAGCGCCCAGCGCUGCAACUCCAAGUGUGUCUCAGAGCAGACCUUCUACCGCCUGAUGCAGUCCUUCGCCCUCGUGCUCUUUGAGUGUCACCAGAUGGACGAUUUCAGCCCUGCCAAGAACCUCAUGACCAUGUGCUUCACCUAUUACUACAUAGGGAAGCCCCAGGCCCUGCCCCUGGAGGCCAAGGAGAAGCCCACGGGCAGCAUCGACUCGUACCUGAAGUCAGCCAACACGUGGCUGGCUGAGAAGAAGGACAUUGCAGAGAGGCUGCUGAAAAACACCUCAGCCAAGACAGAGAACGUCAAGGGCUUCUUUGGGGGCCUGGAGACCAAACUGAAGGGUCCUGGCAGCAAAAAGAGCGAAGAAGGUGAAGAGAAACCAAAGGAGAAGCUGAAGAAGACAGAGUCCCUGCAGAGCCCAGAGGAGGAGAAGAAAGGGGAGAAGAUCUACCUGUACAUGCACCUCAAGCAGCAGCCGAUCUGGCACAACCUCCGUUUCUGGAACGCCGCCUUCUUUGAUGCUGUGCACUGCGAGCGCAGGAAGAGAUCCCCCACCACCAGAGGGAACCCUGGGGAGGAAGAGGAGAAGAGGGAGAAGUGGUGCCACAUGACGCAGGAGGAGCGCGACGACAGCCUGCGCUUCAACGAGAACAUCACCUUCGGGCAGCUGGGCACCUUCAUCCACAACAUGCUGGCUUUUGGCCUCAACAAGAAGCUUUGCAGCGACUUCCUGAAGAAGCAGGCGACCAUCGGCAACCUGGAUGAAGAGCAAUACAAGCUGCUCAGUGACCACAUCGAGCAGAUGGCCCCGGAGUAGCUGCUGGGCAGAGGCAGAGACGGCGGCCGGCCAGGUGGGGAGGGAGAGGAGCCCACCCAGGGGCUACCUGAGACUGCAGCUGGGCUACCGACAAACCAAACCACACCACGAGCUGCAAUAAAACCUGCAUGAUCGUCCAUCAAACUCUAGAGCUGCCCCAGGGCAGCCUGUAGACAUAGGAGCCAAGCAGCCCCCGCCCUCGCCAGACCCUCCCGCCUCUAUUGUCGGAGUAGACGCUCCCAAAAGUGAAUAUGGUUGGUUAAAAAGCAAAACAAAACACGAGGGGAAGGCAGGAAGAGCGUGGCAGUGCAGCCCCCAGGUGCUGUGUGUGCAGCACGCCCAUGAUGAGGGCUCUGGUGGUAAAUCCAGAGGGGUCCAAGGCUGCCUUUCCCUGCUGGAGUCCCCUCGCUGAUGAUGCUGGAGGUGAUGGCAGGGACCACAGCCAGGAGCUGGGGCUGCCCCCAGCCACCCCUCAGUCAGGUUCUGUGCUGUCUGCAGGGUGGCACCACUGCCUGGGGACAUGGGCAGGGUGGCGCCUUGCUGGGGACAGAGGUGGGGAUGGCAGAGCGCUGCUGCCGCCCUCCCUGGGAGCUGGAGGGAAAUCCUUCCCUUGGGAAGCCUUCACCGUGCUGCCUGUGUGGGUUUGCACCUCUGGGCAGAGGCACAGCACUUUGCUCCAUAUCAUUAGCCUGGAUCAGUAGGAAAAAAGCCAUGGCCUUGGGCAGGAUUGCAGGCAGAGGCAGAGGAGCUCUGCCUGCCUUGGGAGGAGAUGACAAAAAUCCCUCAUCCCUCUCCCUGCUGCCCUGUCAGUGCAGGGAUGCUGCUGCAUUGUGACAUUUCCCAAAGCCUCCCGGCAUCCUGUGGCAGUAGAUUAAUGCCCUCCUUCCCCAGGCUGCUCCUCUCUGCCCCCUCCUUUGCUCCAGCUGCUCAUCCAUCAAACCUGAACCAGCCCUGUCCAAAGGACACCUCCUGCUCUGCUCCAGGGGCUGCAGAUCUGUUUUAUCCCUUCGGCCUUGGCACGGUGUUUGCAGAGAGACUGGGGACACAGGGACAUUGCUGGGGACACAAGGACAUCUCUGGGGACACGGGGACAUCGCUGCGGACACAGGGACAUCUCUGGGGACACAAGGACAUUGCUGGGGACACAGGGACAUCUCUGGGGACACGAGGCCGUCACUGCUCCCCUCUGCAAGGAGCAGAAGCCCCCAGCCCGGCACAGCCAAGGGUCCAACAGUCUCACCCCAAAAACAUCAUCCUAAAAUACAAGUCCAGGUUUCCAACAAUCCCUUUUCCCUGUGCUGCCAGCUGUAUCCCAUAGGAAAUAGCAUAAAAGGAUAAUUUUUCCACCUAGUUCUUGGCUUCUGGUGUAUUUUCCAAGCAUCAAAGUGAUGCUUUUACCUAAGCUGGGCUUCCCUUGCUGCUGGGGAUGGGAUCCGUACUGCGUCUUGUAAGAAGGACAAAUCCAGCACCAAUUUUUCCUUGGCCAUUCCCAAACCUGGGCAGAGUCAAUGAAGAAGGGUUUUUGUUGAGGUCAGGGACUGAUGUUGGUCCCUCAUCCCCAAAAACCCCUUUCUGCUGGAUAAAAUGUGCUGCACAAUGAGCAGCUCCUGGAGCAUCCCAUCCCCGUGGCCUUCCCUGUCUCUGUCUCCACUCAGGUCUUUCCCAAAUCCUCCUUCAUUUCUUUAUUAUUAUUAUUAUUAUUUUUUCCAACAUGAAAAGAAAUGUUCAGCGCUGAAGUAUAUAUAUAUAUUAUUUGCAUGUGUAUUUUUCUAUAAAAACAAUUAAAAUCCAAUAAAAAAUAGCCAUAAACCCUCCCUGACUGGGACUGUGUGAAGGAUGGGAUGUGAGAGAGAGAGAGAUUGGAAUAAAUUAUCUCAGAAAUGAAUA